GGGUUCCGCCCAUUGCCACGACUCCCCCACGCCGGGACCGGAGGGAGGAAUCCUGGAGCCGCAGCAGCAGCAGCGAAACGCAGGGAUCAGCGACCAGUGGGAUCUCCCUGGGAGAAGCAAUCCGUAGGAAAACUGCUGCUAAUUGGGGAAUCGAGCCGUGGUUCCAGCUUCCAGCAGAAGGAAAUUCCAGCUGUUUAACCGCUGCCUCAGAGACAAAGCUUGGCCUGACUCGUGAGAGGAAUGACCUGUCAGAAUUCCCCACGCUGGAGGAAGGAAUGUUGUCCUUAGGAGGAGCAUCCAGAAGGUGUUUUCCUGGAGAUCCAGCCCGGGACUCACUGCUGGAAAUCCAGGAAAGUCGGUUCUCUCCGUGUCUCCCACUCCUGAUGUGCUCAACAGGAGGCCCCAGGAUCCUGGAUGAGUCGCUCUUCCAGCCCUCAGGAAUGGAUUUUAUUCCCUUAAGAGGAAUUCCUGAUGUUUCUGGAGUGUCCCAGGAGCUUUUGGAGCCUUCCCACAUCCACGAAUCUCCAUCCCUGAGGGACACAGCCCCUGCCUUGGAUGCUCCCGGUGGCUGCUCCUUGUCCCAACAUCCAAUUCCAUCCGGACCUGGAGAUGCCAAUUUGUCUUCCCAAAACUCCUUGUCCGGACAACUGGGGAGCAAGGAGGCCAAGAAAUCCUGGAAAACUGAUGGGGAGGCAUCGAGUCCCCAAACAAGUGAGGAUUCCACAAACUCUGCUCCAAAGGUCCUGCUGGAAAAGGGGCUGAACCAAGCGGGAGCUUCUCUCCCAAAGGAGCCCAGGAGCACGUCUGGGAAUGAUGGACAUUCCUCCGGUGACAGCGAUGGUCCAGCUGCUGGAGUUGAGCUUCCAGGGAAAGAGAAGGAGCUCCUGAGGCAGGAUGAGCUCUCAUCCUCAGGAAAUUCCUCCUACAAAACAGCUCUGACGGAAAAAAGCGAGAGGGAGAUGCAGAAGGAGAAGGUGAAAAUGGUCAAGAGCGAGGGAGGAGUCCUGGAAAAGCUGGAAAAGAAUGAGCUUGAUUUGUCAGAUAACUCAUCUGACGGCUCGAGGAACGACCAUUCCCAAAAUCCAGGUGCUCCCGAUCUUCCUUCUGCCAAGACUUCUGAGCCAGGCGAAGGAGCGUCCAAGGAACAGGGAGUGGAUUUAAACGGCUCUGGAAGCUCGAAGUUCGUCCCUGAGGAACUCCAGGGAGCCUUCCUGGAUGGUCAGGGCAAACAUUCACCUCCUGCAGUGGGAUUUGGGAAAGAGGAGCUGAUCCCUGCUGGGACAAACACCAGGGAUGGUGCACCUGGAGAACCGGUUGUUGACACGGAGACGCCUCCGUGCGGUGCGGAAUAUCCGGCCGGAGCGGAUCCCGGAGGGAGCAGGAGUGAAUCAAAUUCGGAUUUUUCCAUUGAAAGGGGCCAUAAAGUCACAGACAUUUCCCCUUCCUUCAAUCUUGGAGGCGACGCCUCGUUCUCCCUGCACUUUGCUCAUCCCAUCUUUCAGUCCACUCCGGGGGUAUUCCUGAAGAAGACAGUGAAGGCAGAAGAACUCGGUGUCCCGCUGCUCCGGUCGGAUCUCCAGGCCUCUCCAGCGUGUCCUGAUGUUCCUGCAGGGAAUUCCCCCGCGCCCCCUGGGAAGCAGCAUUCCCCCCAACGUGCUCCGAAGGAAAACGAUGGACAUUUGGAGCCCUUCAGGUGGAAAUAUCCCCACACUGGAAGAAUCCAGUCCCUCCCAUCCCUUAGUUUCAUGGAGAAGGUUGGAUCUUGGAACGUCAGCCAGCCAGAGGAGGUUCCUCCUGCCGGGACUCCCGGUGGAUUUUCUCCUGGAAGAAAAGCCUCCAGUGCCAUUGCCAUUUCCUCCAGCCACGCUUUGUCCAGCCAGAAAGGCAGCAGAGAUCCCGAGGAUUUUGCUGCUGCUCCCCCUAGGGAGGCAGGUUCUCUGGGAAGUUUGCAUUUCCCAAGUAAAAACCUCCUGCCUGCCCCCUCUCUUACAAGAUCCCAGUCGGACAAUGCCGUGAAUGUUUCCAGCAGGAAACAUUCCUCACCUGGAGUUAUUCCACCAGCAAAUUCCACAGAGGCUCUGCAGCCUCCAGAAGAAGAAAAACACGUUUUAGGAGUGUUGGACAAUAAUUUAGGAGGCUCCAUGAUCCCAGAGAUUGUUUCUGGAUCCAGCGGUGAAGACACGGAAAGCAAAAACACGGGGCAGAGCUCGGAUCCCGAUGUUUGGGUUCCCAGUGUUGCUCAGCUCCUUAAAAAGGAUGGAAGCUCUCCAGCUGGUGGCCAGAAGAAUUGGGAUGCUCCUGAAGAUCAGUCUCUAAACCUGAAUAUUCCCACUGGUCCCAUCAUCCUGGACAACCUGGGAGCGAUUUCCCCGGAUAGUUUGAAUGUUCCCGUUAGUUCCGGGAGCAGCCAGGGGAUUUUGGGAUCUGCCCCGAGCUCUGGGGGGGUCUCCAGGUACUUCCCCAGUGCAGGAGGUGACAAAUUCCUCCCUGUUGGAGCAAAUCCUGUGGAAACUCCGAAGAAAGAAGAGUUGGAUAUCGAGGAAAGGAUCCCAAUAUAUCUCCGGAACCUCGGCAUUGACCAGUCCCCUGGGACCAUUUUGGCUCCUUUUCUACCCCGAGGACCCAUCAGGGAAGUUGAGUUUUCCCCGUCAGAGCUCAGGACAGUCAAAGGCUCCCUGGACACCCUGGCCAGGAUCCCUCCAAAGGCACAAGGUAAAUUGUUGCCAGCAUUUGAGGUGGUGCCGACGGGUUUCGACUCCGACACUUCCGCUCUCAGCAUUUCCAUUCCCGCGGAGUCCGAGGUUGGCUCUGAUGUUCUGUCGCCCCGGGAGCUCUCUCCCAGCUUCCCAAGGGUUUUUGGAGACAGCCCAGGGAGCCAGUGCAGUGUGUCAUGCCACCAGCUGCAGAUGGAUGCUCCGAUUUCCACACAGGAUCCAGAGUGUCCUGCUGUCUCCAGACUCGUCUCUUCCGACACGCAGAGUUCGAAGAGUGUUGAGGUUCUUGCUAAAAAUGAGCCCAGAAUUUUGGACAGCAGCCUGCAGAGAUGGACUGCUGGUGUUUUGGCUGGAGUUAAAAACGGGAUGGAAGCUGACAGAGGAUCCCAGAGCUCCGGUGUGGGAAGUGAGAGAAACAAGGAGCAAGGCAGUGAUUCUUGGCUGGGAUCGGGUGUGCUGAGGGACAUCCGGGAGCUCCUGGCAGAGGCAGAGGAUUUGAGUGCCAGGUGGUGCCAUCCUGCCUUUUCCAUGGCCUCAAGAGGAAGAAGAGAGUCUUCCCUGGCGCUGAUGAGACGGGAGGAUGAUCCCAGAGAUCCCAGGUUGGUGCAGGACGGAACCCCUCAGUCCCAGAAGAGGCUGUCGUGGGAUGAGACCGCCACCCGGCAAAGCGCGCGAGAAGAAGGGUCGGGAAUAAACCCUUGGAAUUCCGACACGUGUAACGUGAGGUGGGAGAACCCUCUGCAGGUCGACUCGCACCGGGGUGAAGGGGUGAAGGAGGUAUGCCAGGAGUUCAGGGCAGGAAAAUCCGCGGGAAGGUCGGAGCCGGAGGGUUGCAGCAGCGUCACCACCGACAGAAACCAACGCGCCCGGGUGGGCCCGGCACGGAGCAGCUCCGGCAGCCAGGGCAGCGCUGCCACAACCUCGGAGCCGGGGAACCCUCCUUCCUCAGAGCCCCCUGGAAGCGUCACUGAUAUCCCAGGAGCCUUCCCGAGCACCUCCCGAUCCAAUGGAGCCGGAAGCAAAGCCGGAGGCGCCGGUGGGAGCGAUGACAGCAGCAGCGGAGAUUCCCUGGCUGCCCGUGUCAGGAAUCUCCUGGGGAAUCCAGGGAGCGGCACCCCUGGCACAGGAGGAUUCCUGAGUGGAGCUGGUGGUGCCAGGAUGAAGGGAGCGGGGCUGGGGGGCAGUGGCAGCAGCAGCAGCGGGGAUUCCCUGGCUGUCCGUGUCAGGAACCUCCUGAGGAGCGGAUCCCCUGGGAGAGAGGCAGCCCAAAUCCUCAGGAAUGCAGAGGAGCAGGAGAGGAAAAUCCGGGCCUGGGUGAAGGUGAAACUGGCCAGCAGAUCCCAGGAAUCUGUGCCAGACUGGGAUGAGGAGACCCAGCAAAGAAUCGAGGAAAUCAAAGCAGAGCUGCUCCUGAGGGCCAAGAAAUCCAUCCAGGCCAAG